UUUGGGAAUUGUGAUUUAUGGGGGAAAAUAAUAAUAUAGAUUUCAUACCUGUGAUUAAAUGGCUCCUGAUAAUCUUGCACAAUGUAUACUUAGACUUAUAAUCAAUUGUACUAAGUAUUAAUAGAACAGUAUGUGCUAAGCAGUUUUGGAAUGAAAAUCGUUUCGACCUUUUCACUGGUCGUUGAAGAUUUGGUAAACAUUGGGAUAAAAUGACUGGGUUUGAACUUCUUUGUGGGAUCGUCCUGAUCCUCCUAGCUUUGUACUAUUACAUGGUACAGGAUCAUGACUUUUGGAAGCAACGUGGCAUACCAGGACCCAAGCCUGUGCCACUUUUCGGUAACUUUAUGGAUAUGCUGCUAGGAAGAAUGUCCAUUGGUGAUCAAAUGGUCAAAUUUUACCAUCAGUACAAAAAUGAACCUGUGAUUGGGCUGUUUAUUCGGGAAAAACGUCUUCUGGCUGUAAAGGAUCUUGAUUUAAUUAAAACCAUUCUGAUCAAGGACUUCUCUAAAUUCGCUCAUCGUGGAAUUGCUAUAAACGAAGUGGCGGAACCGUUGUCUCAACACCUGUUCUCUCUGGAGCCCAAAAGAUGGCGGCCUCUAAGAGCAAAGUUAUCUCCAACAUUCACCAGCGGCAAAUUAAAGGAGAUGUUCACUCUGAUUUUGGAAUGUUCCCUCACCUUCGAGAAAUACUUAGCAAAAAUGGUAUCAGAAGGAAAACCCGUUGAUUGUCGCGAAUUGGCAGCUCGGUUCACAACCGACGUAAUCGGCAGCUGCGCUUUUGGAAUCGAAACGAACGCCAUGACCCAAAAGGAGUCAGAAUUCCGUGACGCAGGAAAGGAGUUUUUCAGUUCUGGAUUAAAAUCUACGAUCAGACUGAGACUACGGGAGGGCUUCCCGAGAUUGUACACUUUACUGGGUUACAUAAUUCCUUACAACAAGAUGACAAAGUUCUUCACGAAGGCUGUGUCAGAUAUGAUAGAGUAUCGGAAGAAGAACAACGUUGUUAGACAUGAUUUUAUUAAUACGUUAAUCGAACUUCAGGCACAUCCUGAGAAGUUGGGUAUUGAGCUAACGGAAUCAUUGUUGUCUGCGCAAGCAUUUCUGUUCUUCGCGGCUGGGUUCGAAACCUCAGCAUCCACGGUGACCCACGCCUUAUAUGAAUUGGCUCAAAAUCAAGAUGUGCAAGACAGAGUCCGAGAAGAAAUUAAAGAGCAUUACGCACUGAAUAAUGGAAAAUGGUUGUACGAUGACAUCAAGGAAAUGCCAAUUUUGGAUGCGGUAUUCAAAGAAACACUUAGAAAAUAUCCACCACUGACAGUUAUUAUGAGAGAAGCAGUAGAGGACUACACUUUCGAAGAUCUAAAACUCUCGAUACCUAAGGGCACAAGGAUUUUUAUCCCUGCAUACGCGAUACACCGUGAUCCUGACAUUUAUCCUAAUCCUGAGGUUUACGAUAUUAAUCGGUUUCAGGAGGAUGAGGUAGCGAAAAGGCAUCCCAUGAGCUAUUUACCGUUUGGUGAUGGACCAAGGAACUGUAUCGGUGCUCGUUUCGCAAUUUUCCAAACAAAAAUUGCACUGAUUAAAGUUAUCAUAAAGUAUAAAGUCGACGUGUGCGAGGAAACACACGUUCCAUUCGAGAACGAUCCACGCAGCGUCUUUUUAGUACCGAACCAUCCUAUUGUACUAAAAAUAACUGAACUACCAAGUUAGUCCAAUAAUUUCGACGUUAAGAUUAAGUUAAUGUACUGGAAGGAUUUUUGUGAAAAUCGUUUACACAGUAUUUCUUGUGAAUAUUCGAAGACAUCCCUCUUAUUUAACAACAGACAUUAAUGAACUUAGUUCUUAAGUACUGCACAUUUCAUAUAGUCAUAAGUUUCUUUUA